AUGGUUUCUUCAUCAUCUUUGCUUAUUCUUUUGUUCUGUGUGUUCCAAGCCACAUCUGCCGCCAAUGCCACAGUGCCAUUCAAGCUUCCUUCCUUGAUCGCUGAUCGUACCAAGAUGCCUCAUGUUCUUCCCAACAUCCCAUUGGAUUUGGAAGAAAAAGCCAUGCAGAUCAAUGGUCCACUCCCUAAAGAAGAACCUUCCAAAUAUGGUCUUGCCCUGAAUGCCACCAUGGAUCCCCUAGCCUCUCCUUAUCAUUUGGAAGCAAGAGAUGAAAACACCUCCAUCGCCUCCCGCUCCACUGUGGCGGUGUUGAAGAAACAUGCGUCCUUGGCCUUCAUCAGUUACUGUCGAGCUGUCGUCCCUGGAGGUAAAUGGCCAGAUAAACUCAGUAGCUGUCCCACUUGUUUGGAUCAUACCUCUGUUCAAAUGAUCGCUCCCAUUGUCUCUAGUGAUAUCACCGAUGCUUCUGGUUAUGUUAUUCGUGAUGAUACUCAAAAAACUAUUUACUUGGUCUUUAGAGGUACCAGCUCCUUUGGCAAUAUUCUUGCGGAUUUUAAAUUCUUCUUGGGUGAUUAUCCUCCUGUUGGUAAUGGUGCCAAGGUGCACAGAGGUUUCUACCAAAGUUAUAUGAAGAUUCAAAAACAAGUGCUUUCUGUGAUGACCGACCAAUUGACCAAAUAUCCUAAAUACCGUGUCACGGUUACUGGACAUUCUCUUGGAGGUGCUUAUGCUACUUUGGCUGCUUUGGAUCUGUAUCAACGUGAUAAACGAUUCAAUCCCAAGAAUAUGAAUAUUAUUACCUUUGGUGAACCUCGUGUGGGCAAUCCAGCCUUUGCUGCCUAUGGUGUCUCUACCAAGCUCGAAAAGAAACGUGUUGUUCAUAACAGAGACGUUGUUUCUCAUCUUCCUCUUAUGAAGAUGGGUUAUUUGCACUUUGGAACAGAACAUUGGCUUCAAAAGGACCAAAAGACAGUUAAAAUUUGCCAAUCUGAUUAUGAACUUGAAAACUGCUCAAACAGCAUUGUUCCCCGUACCAGCCUUUUGGAUCAUACCAACUAUUUCUACGUUGAUAUUGAUUUUUGUCUUUUUGGUUAAUAUAACCAUUUAAUUUAGUUACCCAUGUACUUUUUUUUUAGUAUAGUUUAGUUUAGAUUUUGAUGAUUGGAAAACUUGUUGAAACAAUAAUAAUAAUAAUAAAUAGAGUCACCAAUAUAUCUUUUACUCUCUCUUCUUUUUUAUACUUGUUUCAUUUUAUUAUUAGACAUCGAUAUAUGAAUGCUG